GACUCAAUUAGGUUUGGCCUGAAAUUGGCACCCUACUCCAAAUACACAUAAGACAAGUAUCUCUCUCUCUUCGCCAAAGCACUGAGAGCUCUGUUUGAUUCCUUAUACAUCUAUUACGAGAACUUCUAUCUUAUCAUUUUGGAUUUCCCACCCACCACAGCUUUCCCCACUUAAAACGCACCUGUACCUGAAGAAGAAGAAGAAGAAGAUGAUGGCGAAGAAACCUGAGCUCGUGUUCCUUCCAGCUACGCUCCCCGGCCACAUAGUCUCUGCAAUUGAGCUGGCAAAGCUCCUUAUCUCUCGAGAUGAUCGCCUUUCCAUCACAAUUCUUCUUAUCAAGUUUCCCAAUUCUCCCAGCUUGAACGCAACUGGAAUCACGUUCAUCGAACUGCCUCAGAUAGACCCACCUUCACCCAAUACGGCUCAAACCCCAGAAGCCAUCUUAUCCAUCUUCUUGGACAGCCACAAACCACUCGUCAAAGACACAAUCACCCAACUCUUCUUGUCCUCCUCCGAGUCGGACUCUAUGCCAACUCGGUCUCGAGACUCUAAACUCGUUGGGUUAGUUAUCGAUUUCUUCUGCACCACCAUGAUUGAUGUAGCCAACGAACUCGGUGUCCCUUCCUACCUCUUCUUCACUUCCACGGCACAUAUGCUCGGUGUCAUGCUUCACCUCCCAGUUCUCGAUGCCCAGAUACACACCGAUUUCGAGGAAUCGGAUACCGAGUUGAUCAUCCCGGGUUUUACAAACCCGGUCCCCCGACGAGUCUUGCCUCAGCCUAUGUGGACCAAGAACCAGGACGGAUACAGUUGGUACCUCUACCAUGCGCGCAGGUUUAGGGAAGCAAAGGGCAUUAUCGUAAAUACAUUUGAAGAGUUUGAAUCCCACGCGGUUCGCUCUUUAACAUCUGAUGGUCGAACCCCACCUUUGUACCCGGUUGGACCGUUAAUUGAUCUCGAGGGUCGGAUCCUAAAUCCUGAUCAGUCCCAAUUCGAGAACAUCAAGAGAUGGCUGGACGAUCAGCCGACGUCCACGGUGGUGUUCCUAUGCUUUGGCAGCUCCGGGAGCUUCAGUGCACCGCAGGUGAAGGAGAUCGCUCUCGGGCUAGAACGGAGCGGUCACCGGUUCCUGUGGUCAAUUCGAGAGCCACCACGGGAAAGAUUCACCCUUCCGGGUGAUUACACAAAUCCCGAAGAGGUUUUGCCGGAGGGGUUCUUGGAUCGGACGGCGGAGAGAGGGUUGCUGUGUGGAUGGGUCCCACAAGUUGCUGUGCUAGCGCACCGUGCGAUAGGUGGGUUUGUGUCACAUUGUGGGUGGAACUCGAUAAUGGAGAGCUUUUGGUUUGAUGUGCCCAUCGCAGGGUGGCCACUCUACGCGGAGCAGCACCUGAACGGGUUCGCGAUGGUGAAGGAGUUGGGAGGAUUAGUGGUGGAGUUGAAGAUGGAUUUUAGGGGAUGGGAUGAUGAUUUGGUGAUAGCGGAGGAGGUGGAGAAAGCUGUGAGGAAAUUGAUGGAUGCUGAUUGUGAGGUGAGAACGAAGGUUAAGGAUAUAAGUGAGAAGAGUAGGAGGGCUUUGAUGGACGGUAGAUCUUCAUUUAUCUCGUUGGAACGCUUUAUUAAGAAUCUAAUGGAGGAGAAUUGACAAUAAUGGAAUCGACGUAGGGAAUUUAGUUAACAAGGAAGCAGUAUCUUCAUGGUCAAGGGUGUAAGCCAGAUAAAGCCAGAAGUAGAGCUGAGACCAUUGUCGACGUUGUCCACUAUGUACAAGAUUAUUUCCAUCUCCAUCAGAGUAAUAAGAAUGAGAAGGAACAUCCUCCUCAUCCGGAAUUGGACAGUAUUCAAGUGACCGUAGACACAGCUUCAAGGAAAAUAAAUAAAGCAGGCAUGGGCUAGUAAUCAGAGAUAAAGAUGGGAGAUUCAUAUCAGCCAAGUCUAAGGUCAUUCAUUCAAGCAAAUGUAGCAAUUCUUUCUGAAGCAAAAGUGUUAAGUUUGUCUUGAAUUCUUGACCCGUUUUGAAGAUUGACCCGAUCCAACAUAUUUUGGUGGCGACUCGAAUAAGAAGUUUUCUCCGUGACCCGAUGGGUCGACCCGCAACUUGGAGUAUAUAUAAUGUACUUUUGCUUGUUGAAAAAGUCAUUGUAUUUUAGGGUUUUUCAAGCUAGAGUUUCAGGGUGAGUUUUCUCGUCGCUGCUUGUGUGUAAUCUCUCUUCUGCAUAGUAAAAUAUCUUCUUUUUCACCUGAGGAUGUAGACAUCACCCUGGUGUGUGAA